GCCUGCCCUGUUCAGCUGACAGGAAAUGAUGCUCGGCUCCCUUGGCCGUGGGGUGGAGGGGAACUUUCUUGCCAAGCCGGUGCACGCUGGCUGCGUGGGGUUGCUCCUGAGGAGCCUUUUCCUGCAGCUGGGCAGGCUGGGACAGCAGAGAGCCGAGAACGGGACAGGGCGGCUGCAGAGAGGACUCACCCCCCAGUGCUUCCAUCCUGGCCGGGACGUGGUGGUGAGGGGCUGGGCCUGCCCCCCUCCCUGCCACUCAGGGAACAGCUUCACUGCAGGAUCCAGGGCUGCAGUUCAUCAGCUCCUGUCCAGCCCUGAGGCCAGGGAGAGCCACCCUGCCAGAUGCUGGGAGCCUGUCGCCCACACUGCAGUGCUGCCCUGCUCUCAGCUGCCCUGCUCCUGCACGUUCAGGCUGCAGCGACCGUGAGGUUCCAGGUGCUUGUUUCCACCACCCCCCUCUCCGCCCCACUGGGGGGCACGGUGCUGCUUACCUGCCACCUCUCCCCAGCACUCAGUGCCCAGGCUAUGCAGGUGGAAUGGAGCCAGCCCCAGCUAGGCCAGGAUGUCCACGUGUACCUGCCGGACAGGAGCGAGGUGCAGGGUGAGAGGUACCGGGGCAGGACGGAGCUCCUGCGGGACGGGAUCCAGAGUGGCAGCCUGGCCCUGCGGAUCCGGAACCUCACCCUGCGGGACGAAGGGCCCUACCUCUGUGACUUCCAGUCCAACAGCACCGUUGGCAACGCCACACUGGAGCUCCGUGUGACGAGUGCCGGCUCGGAUCCCCUCCUCCACGUGGGUGGAUAUGACGGCAAGCAGAUGAACGUGAUGUGUCUCUCUGUGGGGUGGUACCCAAAGCCGAAGGUGCUCUGGAGAAAUGGCCACAGGGAGAGACUGACCCCAUCUAAUGAGGAAAAAAUCUCGAGAAACCGGGGCCUCUUUGAUGUCUCCAGCUACGUGGUAGUGACUGAGCACUCAGACCCAAUGCUGAUCUGCGCCAUCAGACCCGGCUCACUCGGCCUGGAGAAAGUCUCAGCCAUUCUUAUCUCCAAUGAGUUUUUUCCCCCAGUCUCCUCUUGGAAGGUUGGCCUCUUCUUGUUCCUGUCAGUUUGUGUUUGCCUCCUCUUCUUGCCUGCCUGCUACUUAUGGAGGGUUCAAAGAGCAAAAAGGAAAUCCUCCAAUUUAACCACAAAGAAGCUACAAGCAAAGCCUCCUUGUCUGGCCGAGGGGAAGAGGAGGAACAGGGAGCAAGGCUACAGUUCCAGCGUGGCUGCCCCGCGCUUCUACCCAGGUUCCAGCAUUCCUGUGGAGGCCCUCAAAUUGUUUGCCCAGCCCGUCCUAGAAGGAUCCACUCCAGACAACAGCUUUCCCCCUGGUUGGUCACGGCAGAUCCCAUAUUCUCCUUUGGCUGCUCACAUCCUUGCCGUCCUCAUGGGCUCCGACUCCUUGCUGGGUUAUCCCAAGAUGAAGGUCUACAGAGAAAAAGAGGAUGUCACUCUGGACGCAGAUACAGCUCAUCCCAGUCUGGCCCUUUCCAAGGACCGGAGAAGUGUGACAGCCACAAAGACAAAACUGGCUCUGGCCAAUAAUCCAGGGAGAUUCGACAUUUACUCGUGUGUGCUGGGCUCCGAUGGCUAUGAGUUGGGGACGCAUUACUGGGAGGUGGAAGUGGCCGGCACAGGGGGCUGGGCUCUGGGUGUCACCAGAGAGUCUGUCAGCAGGAAGGGAUGGUUCAAUUUCAGCCCCAAGCAAGGCACAUGGGCCAUCCAGCUCUCCAGGGGCCAGUACCGGGAAGUCACUGCAGAAUGGAGCCUGCUGGACCUGCCACAGAGCCCUGGCAAGAUCAGAGUGUAUCUGGACUAUGAAGGAGGGGUUGUGUGCUUCUAUGAUGCUGACACCAUGGCCCCCCUCCACGCCUUCACUGCCCUCUUUACAGGGAAGAUCUACCCAUUCUUCUGGGUCUGGACUGUAGGGACCUCCCUUAGAUUGUGUCCCCCACAACCCUCCAAUAACUGAGGGCACAGUCUAGAGGCUGCUGCCAUUUCUAAGGACAUCAAUGGACAUUGGACCACAUUUUGUCUCAGCCAGAGAUUGAAGCAUGAACACCGUGAUGCGUCUGGAUUUUAGCCCAUGAGGCAGCAUCUCCCUUAAAUACCUCUGCACUGCCUGCCACGCUGCCCCUUGUGCAUGGGAAAUGCUCCCUAAUAAAACCGAAGCAGCUGCUACCUUCUCCUCCCCCAGGUCCCUCCUUAAUUGUCACCUCUGCCAUGAUGCCUCCAGAGUUCCA